GGUGUAAAUUCCGUUGAUCCAUUCAAGAAUCAUCAUGGGGCUACCUGAUGGUUGUUUGGAGGGAGCCGUGGGCGGUGCAAUCCUGGGUAUCACGACUACGGUAAUGCUGGCGGCUACAGGAAAGCUGGCCGGUCUGAGCGGCAUCUUCGACGGAGUCUUUUCGCGGACGCCCGGACGGGGCUGGAAAGUGCUCUUCUUAUCGGGUUUUAUCGUGGGAGGCGUUGUCGCGGGAAUCGUUUACCCAGCUGGUCUAGACCAGACCGGUGCCCCUGCUUUGUCUCUCCUGCGGUUCGCGGUCGCGGGUUUUCUCGUGGGCUUGGGCACCAGGCUUGGCAGCGGGUGCACGAGCGGGCACGGGCUGUGCGGUCUGCCGCGGCUGUCGAGGCGCAGCAUCGUCGCAACGCUCACGUUUCUCACCAGCGGCAUCGCGGCGGCAAGCGUGUCGGCGGCCUGGAAUGACAGCGCCAGCGGAGGGGCUGUGCUCGAAACGCACGAGACGCCCAUGCUGGCGGCGAGGUACGCAUCCCUCGCGGCAGCAGCUGUGGGCACACUUCUUACCCUGACCAAGCGAGAGGAACGUGCACAGUGGAAGGCACACCUCGCGUCCUUCCUGUGCGGAGGCAGCUUCGCCGGAGGGCUCGUGAUUUCAGGCAUGACCCAGCGUGCCAAGGUCGUCAACUUCCUCGCGCUCAGGCGCAACAGCUGGGACCCGUCCCUGAUGUUCGUUCUCGGCGUCGGCGUGAUGGUCGGUCUCGUGGGCUUCCCCCUCGUCACCAGAAGCCUCGGCGCGCCGCUGUGCCGUCUCCCGGCCAAAGCGGAAGAGGAGCAGUCGCUGGCUACCGGUGCGCCGCUCGCUGAGAAGUUCGAGAUCCCCACAGGCACUGAGUUGGACGUGCCGCUGGUGCUGGGGGGCUGGCUGUUCGGCAUCGGUUGGGGAAUGGGCGGACUCUGCCCUGGCCCCGCUGUAGUUGCGGCGACGUUCGGUCUCCCCGGCCCGUUCCUCGCCUUCAUGCCUUCCCUUGUGGUAGGAAUGAAGGCGGCUGGGCGGCUCAAGGGCGCCCUGUCUCUUCCCCACCCAAGCUGGGUGACGGGAGGUGCGGUCCUGCCGCCCAACGUGACUCAAGUUGUCCCAUUGUCUGGCACUUGAGGCCAGAAGUCGAAGAGAGCCAUCAUUUUCUUUCCUUGCCUUUCCGUCGCGGCGUGGAGAAGGGACGUCUUUGGUUGAUUCUCCUCAACGGCGGUGGCAUUUCACCUCAAGGUUCUUGUCACUUUCGGAACCAACUCGAGAUGGCCCCCAUCGUCCGAGCAACUGAUAACGUUAAUUAGAGACGAGGACGAUGAGGGAGCAUGUGGAUAGGUGGCUCUUGAUGGAAGGAGGCAACAGAAGACGGUGCAGCAGCCGAGGACACCCCACACCUGUUGCCCACAUGUGUAGCCAUCAUUUCUCUUCCUCUUUGUACAUCUAGUGUUAUGAUACGUCGUAUUUUAGGCCCGGUUGGCAAGCGAAGUGGCGUGGCGUGGGGCGUGUGAUGCUACGGUACCGAGAUACGACGGUCGGUACCCGGCAGAACGAUGAACUUCGCGCUUGGGUAACGAGUAGGCAUGAAACGCAGAGCUUGGCAAGCUGCAGUUAGUUUCAAUCUCACACAUUGUAGUCAGUUGAUGUGCAGGCACACUUGUAGUUUUUUUUUUUUUCAUUUAGGUUGAUAACUUAGGCUGAAAGAUUGACGACGAACCAACAUUGUGACCAUUUACAUUCUGAAGCCCGAUAGGGGUUUUCGUUGUUGAGUUGGUUUUAGAGUCGGCGAUCUCCCUGUGUGUUGACUAAAAGCUGGUUGUUUUUCUUCGGUCGAUGUUCGCGAGGUUACUCUGUGUGAUGUCCGAGUGACGUGGAAAGAGGUGGGCCUUGCCUUAUCCAGAGGCUAUCUGGUUGUGUACUUGGCCAUGCAUGAACUGCCUCUUCCUCGCCGGGCCCUGUUCU